AAGCAGCUGUGAGCCUUCGCCAACCGGCAUGCGGCGGCUGUUAGCCGCGAGCCGUCUGGUUUUGUCCUGAGACAAAAAAAAAAAAGAAGAAGAAGAGAGGCCCGCCGAUGAUGAUGAUGAUGAUGGUGGUGGUGGUGGUGUUGUAUAGAACCGGAAGAGGCACAGGCGCUAAACGUCUUUCCUUCUUUUCCAGUAGCCGCUCACAGAUCGGAAAGACAUGUCGGACAUAGUUCCUCCAGAAGUGAGACCCAAACCGGCCGUCCCGGCCAAGCCCCCCAACGUGGGCGCUCCCUCGCCCUCCGGCCCCUUCCCGCCUCAAGGGCCGGGCGCGGGGGGAGCGGGUGUAUCCGCGCCGCCCCACAGCGCCAUCCCGGUGCCCGUCGGGAGCCACGGCCCGAGCCACGGGGGCUCUCACGCCUUCGGUCUCGGCGCGGCCCACGCCGGGGGUCACGGUCACGACGGCGCCGGCGGGGGGUCCGCUCUGCUGGGGUACAUCGGCAUCGACGCCAUCAUCGAGCAGAUGAGGAAGAAGACGAUGAAGACGGGCUUUGACUUCAACAUCAUGGUCGUCGGUCACAGCGGUCUGGGGAAGUCGACUCUGGUCAACACCUUGUUUAAGUCCCAGGUGAGCAGGAGGAGUGCCGGCUGGUCCCGUGACGACAAGAUCCCCAAAACUGUGGAAAUUAAAUCAGUGUCUCACGUUAUCGAGGAAGGCGGCGUGAAAAUGAAGCUGACUGUUGUCGACACGCCGGGAUUCGGGGAUUUAAUCAACAACGACAACUGCUGGGAGCCCAUUUCCAAGUACAUCAAUGAGCAGUACGAGAAGUUCCUCAAGGAGGAGGUGAAUAUUACCAGAAAGAAGCGCAUCCCAGACACCAGAGUGCACUGCUGUCUCUAUUUCAUCUCCCCGACCGGACACACACUGCGGCAGCUCGACGUGGAGUUCAUGAAGCGCUUGAGUCACUCCGUCAACAUCAUUCCUGUGAUCGCCAAGGCCGACACCGUGACCCCCGAAGAGAGACAGGAGUUCAAACAGCGGCUGAAGAAGGAGCUGGAGAUGAACGGCAUUGAGUUUUACCCGCAGAAAGAGUUUGACGAGGACAUGGAGGACAAGAGCGACAACGACAAGAUCAGAGAGGCGAUGCCCUUCGCUGUGGUGGGCAGCGACAAAGAAUAUCAAGUGAACGGCAAGCGGGUUUUGGGGAGGAAAACCGCAUGGGGCGUUGUCGAAGUUGAAAAUAUGAAUCACUGCGAGUUUGCCCAGCUGAGAGACUUCAUCAUCAGAUCUCACUUACAGGAUCUGAAGGAGGUGACUCAUAGCAUUCACUAUGAAACGUACCGUGCCAAGAGACUCCACGAGAACGGAGGCCUGCACCCCGUUGACGCCCAGGAAAGCAACCUGUAAGCAGUCCGUCUUGUCCUGCAAGUUCAGUGAGGCUGACAGAUGUGCCCGACAUUAUAUGAUCAUGACUGGCAUCGCGGCAUGAUUGAAACACGCUUAAAUGUGUACAAAUCGGUGUCAUUUCAUGUUAUUUAUAAAAAAUAAAUUUAAAAAACCUUGCUUGUCAAAGUAAGUCAAUAUUUGGGUGUGCCACCCAGAGUUUGGUGCCAUAAUACAAAAGACUGCCAAUGCCUUGACAGUGCUGGUCGGUUGCAGGUGUCUCAGAGAAAAUGUCUGCCAUCAUACUUGGUUUAGUACGUACUGUAGGUUUUGCGACUGAUGGACGUAUAGGAUCUCUGAAUUACUUUCAUCAUUUCUGCCUCGCAUAGCCAUUCCAUCACAUUUAUCGUAAGGAUUAUUUUACUCGAACACAAUUUGCACGACUGUGCAGUUUAAUAUAUUUAAAAUAUACAAACAAGUCAACAGGAAGAGCUCCAACGUUUGCCGGGAUUACAUCAUUAAUCCGAUGAAUGCAUUUCAAACAGCAUGCUUAACAUGAGAUGACAUAAGAUAACAUUUAACUGGUGUCCAACUGAUGUGUCAGGCUCGUCAUUCAGUUUCAAACCUGAGAAAAGACCGAUAGUGAUGUCAUCCAAUUGCCAUAUUCCUCUCGACCACUUGGUGGCAGCACUCUUCCAUAGCUCUGAAGUUUCCCAUAAGAUUUGUUGUUUUUGCCGAUGGUCAUUGUUUCAAAAUAUGUCGAUCAGGUCACAAUUCAUCCUGAUUGAGCUAUCCUGAGUUUACAAGAUUCCAACAAUGUACAUGUUCAGUGUUUACUCAGUCGGGACGAAAGUGUUCUGCACUGGACUUUGUUUAUUUUUGUGAUUAUCAUUUUUUUUUUUUUUUUUUUUUGCUGUAGUGCACAAACAUGCCAAAACUACAGGCAGUUAAACCAAUCAGGUUCUUUUUUGAGAGAGAUGAAUCAUUGUUUGAUACAAACGUGAGCAUUUGUGUUGUUUUGAUUUGAGACGUAGUUGUUUGUGGAUUUUAGUGGAGUCGGGAGAAAUGUAAAGAAAGGGUGUGAAAUGAAUUCUUUUUCUUGUCUGUUUACUUGUGCAUGCUUGAAUCCUAAAUGUCUGCGCGCCUAAAGCCAAUCGCUGCACUGUUCCAUCAACCAUUUCUGAGCAUGUUAUAGUUUGGUAAAUACACUAACUGGAAUGAAGCACUGCUUUCUGCAAUUAACCUGGCAGCCCGCGAUAGACAGAUUGCUCAUCCUUUCGAUUUGAAAUUAUGCAGAACUUCUUAAGGUUUUCUGUGAAACAUUGAGAUAUAAUUGACAACACUAUUGCAUCUCAUUUUUUAUUUGUCUCAUUUAUUGGAAUUUAUUGAAUAAAUGUACGUUCCCAUGGAAA